CAGGAGACCUCCAUCAUUAUACUUUUUUUAUUAAUUGGGUAACAGGCCAGGAUUAUGAACCAACCUAUGGCCCAAGAAAGGACCAGACUUUUCUUGUUCCUUUGUAAUAGGAACGAAUAAGCUAGAAUCCUCUUCUCGAUCCUUAUAUAUAGCAAGCUCAUAACAUUCGUAUCUCAUCCAUCCUGAACUAGAUCAAAACAGAUCAAAGCCCUCUUUCGCUUGCAUACUGCAAAAUUUUCCAUUCAGUUUUCUACAUUGCUUUCCAAAAUGGCAUCGUCCCUCAUUCCAAGCUUCUUUGGCAGCCGCAGGACCAAUGUGUUUGAUCCAUUUUCUCUGAACAAUUGGGAUCCUUUUGAUGGUUUCUUCACCUCUACACUUGCCAAGGUGCCAUCCUCAGCAAGGGAAACCUCAGCUUUCGUUAAUGCAAGAAUCGAUUGGAAAGAGACCCCGGAAGCCCACGUUUUCAAAGCAGAUCUUCCAGGGCUAAAGAAAGAGGAAGUGAAAGUAGAGGUAGAAGAAGGCAGAAUUCUCCAAAUCAGCGGAGAGAGGAGCAAAGAGCAGGAAGAGAAGAAUGAUAAGUGGCACCGCAUUGAAAGAAGCAGUAGGAAGUUUUUAAGGAGGUUCAGGUUGCCUGAGAAUGCAAAGAUGGAUCAAGUUAAAGCUAGCAUGGAGAAUGGAGUGCUCACUAUAACUGUUCCUAAGGAGGAGGAUAAGAAGCCUGAUGUCAAGUCCAUUGAGAUUUCGGGUUAACCAAUACUGCACUGAACUAGAAAUGCAGCCUUAGUUCAAAGG